GGUGGCCGUCCUCACCGCUUCGCGCGCCGGCCGGUCCUCCCCACCUCCAGUUCCCGGCCCGAUUCUCCGAUGGAGAGGCCGGCGCGGCGGAGGGGACCAAGGGGUGGGGGGCACCACUUCUAGGAAAACUGAGGCCCCUGCCGCAAGGGACUGCGCGUCACAGAGGGCUGUGUUUGGCGCUCCCAGCGCGGGCUCAGUCCAGGGAAGAGCAGGAGGAAGGGGCUGCGGGGAGGGGCGGGAUCUCCCUUCCUUCUGCGGUGGGAAGCCAGAAUCUCACGCAGGGGAGGGAGCUGACUGUAAUCUAAGCCAAGUCACUUCACCCGCUGUGCCUGCGCGUCCUCAUCUGGGGGAUGGGUCUGAGCCAGGGUGAUGCUGAAGAUGAUGACCUUUCAAGGCCUGGCAGGCCAGCGGCCUAUGCCAGGGGCCCCUGACUUCCCUGGAAGCCCCCAGAAGUUGCGCUCCACAUCAGAGGUGGAGUCAGAGGCCUCCAUGUCGGAGACCUCCUCUGAGGACCUGGUGCCACCCCUGGAGGCUGAGGUAGCACAGGAGAGGGAUGAGGAAGAUGCUUCAAAGAAGAAGAAGCCAAAAGGCCUGGCCAGCAUGUUCAGCAUCUUCACCAAAGGGAAGAAGAAGAAAGGCCAGCCCAGCUCUGCAGAGCCAGAGGACAAGCGGGAGUCCAGACCCGGGCUGGGGGGCCCACUGCCCACAGUGGAGGAGCUCAAGGCGGACCUGGACUGUGGGCGGCUGGAGGCGGCGGAGCCGCUGAUGGCGCUGGAGCGGGAGCUGCAGGCGAUGGCGGCGGCGGGGGGCGCGAGCGAGGAGGAGCUGGUGCAGCGCCAGAGCAAGGUGGAGGCGCUGUACGUGCUGCUGCGCAACCAGGUGCUCAGCCUGCUGCGCCGGCCGCUGGAAGUGCCGCCUGAGCGGCUGCGCCAGGCGCUGGCCGUGCUGGCCGAGCAGGAGCGCGAGGACCGCCGCGCUUUGGCCACGGGGUCCGAGCCCUCGAUUCUGGUGGCCACUCGCCCGAGGCACUGGCUGCAGCGCUGGCGACAGGGCGUGGCGCAGGAGGCCGAGGAGCGCCUGAGCCAGCUGGCCACGUACGCCGAUGGCCUCUCAGAGGCCGAGCGCAAGUUCCUGUACAUGGGCCGCACCAUGAAGGAGGACCUGGAGGCCGUGGUGGAGCGGCUGAAGCCGCUGUUCCCCGCCGAGUUCGGCGUCGUGGCGGCCUAUGCGGAGAGCUACCACCGGUACAUCGCGGCCCAGCUGGCGGCCUUGGCGCAGUUUGAGCUGUGUGACCGUGACACCUACAUGCUGCUGCUCUGGGUGCAGAAACUCUACCCCAAUGACAUCAUCAACAGCCCCAAGCUGGCAGGUGAGCUGCAGGAGAUCAAGCUGGGGAGCCUCUUGCCCCCCAAGCAGAUCCGGCUGCUGGAGGCCACGUUCCUGUCCAAUGAGGUGGCCAGUGUGAAGGAGCUGAUGGCCCGAGCCCUGGAACUGGAGUCACAGCACUGGGUGCAGGAUGUGGCCCCCCAAAGGCUGAAUGGCCACUGCCACAGUGAGCUGGCCAUCGACAUCAUCCAGAUCAUCUCCCAGAGCCAGGCCAAGGCCGAGAAAAUCACACCUGACCUGGGCACGCAGAUGAAGCACAUGCUGCUGGUGGAGCUGGCUGCAUUUCUGAGAAGCUACCAGCGAGCCUUUGAUGAAUUUCUGGAGAGGUGCAAACAGCUGACAAAUUACAGGGCCAAUGUCAUGGCCAACAUCAACAACUGCCUGUCCUUUCGGACAUUCGUGGAGCAGAAGUGGCAGACAUCACAGGACCUCCUGGCCCCCCUGGGUGAGCUCAAGAGUCGUGGCUUUGACACCCUGCUCCAGAGCCUGUUCUGGGAUCUGAAGCCGCUGUUCAAGAAGUUCACGCAGACCCGCUGGGCAGCCUCUGCGCAGACCCUGGAGGAAAUCGUCUCCACCGUGGAAAAAAGGCUGCCCGAGUUCUGGGAACUGCAGGACUGUUUCCGGGAGGAGCUCAUGGAGCUUGUCCACCUGCACCUAGUGAAGGAAUACAUCGUGCGGCUCAGCAAGCGGCGCCUGGUCCUCAAGACCGCAGAGCAGCAGCAGCAACUGGCCAGGCAGGUCCUGGCCAAUGCCAACCUCAUCCAGCACUUCUGCACUCAGAGUGGAUCCCCGGCAACCUGGCUGCACCAAGCCCUCCCUAAGCUCGCCGAGAUCAUUCGCCUACAAGACCCCAGUGCCAUCAAGAUCGAGGUGGCCACCUAUGCUACCUGGUACCCUGACUUCAGCAAAGGCCACCUGAGUGCCAUCUUAGCCAUCAAGGGGAACCUGUCAAGCAGUGAAGUCAAGAGCAUCCGGAGCAUCCUGGACGUCAACACAGGGCCUCAUGAGUCCUUCAAGUCCCUAUUUUCACUUAUAAAGGUUGGUUAGCUUUUCCUGUGGCCUGACCUGCUUGUGAGCACCUGGCGAGCAUUGGACACACCCCACUUCGGGCCAGUCACCCCCACUGGGGGGCACUUCAGACCAGCACCGGCUUCGCAGCCCCUCACGGGCUUCCUGCCUUCUGCUGCUGCUUCUGCCCAGCCCUGGCCAAGGUGCAGGCCCCUGAGCAGCUGAAAUUAAAUAGGCCCUGGGUUGUUACCAGUCCGGUGGGGCGAAAGCACCUUUGUGAAGAGCCGAAGGGGCCACAUCUGAGAAAUGACAAUUGAUCGUGUGUGUGAUAAAGGAGGUAGAGUGGUUAGGGGUCAGAGAUCCUGGGUCACCUCCUGUCCACGGGGCCCGUCCAUGGGGCCUGUCUGCCUCAGACCUGCCUUUCUCAUGCCGGGUCUGAGUGCCUAGGGCCGGAGGCCAACCCUUACCCACCCUGCCUCCUCCACCCAGGGCUGCAACGAGCUGAGCUCAGCAAGCCCGUGGACUCAAAGCAGCUGAAAGAGGAAGAAGGGAAAAUGAGCUAUCGGGGCCUGGAGGGGAGGGCACAUGGCCAGCAUCAGAAGCCCCUCCAGAUUGCCCCACAAGCCCUGUAGCGCAGACGCUGACCCCUCUCUGAUUGCCCACAGGCAUCCCCUGAGGACGGGCUCAGAAGAGGGCCUCUUGGGUCUGCUAGGAUGCAGCCUGCCCCCCAGGCAGGCCCAGGCCCAGGGUGUGCCUUCAUGGGUCCUCUGACCCCUUCGUCCCCGUAUUAGUGUUUUGCUGCUGCUGUAACAAGUUUCCACACACUUAGUAGCUUUUGUUUUGUUUUGUUUAAAUGUUUAUUGAUUUUUGAGAGAGAGAGAGAAACAUCGAUGAAAGAGAACAUCGAUUGGCUGCCUCCUGCAUGCCCC